AUGGAUUUUAUUACUCACCUUCUAAACUCUCUUGGUCACACGGUGAUUUGGGUAGUGUGUGACAGGUUCACAAAGUUCUCUCACUUCAUUGCUCUUCCUACGAAGUUUUCGGCUAAGGAUCUUGCCCUUCGAUUCUCUGUGGAAAUAUGCCGCUUGCAUGGAGUCCCCAAGUCCAUUGUCUCUGACCGUGACCCCCUUUUCCUCAGCACCUUCUGGCGAGAAAUUUUCAAGGCUCAAGGAACUACCUUGAAAUACAGCUCUGCAUAUCACCCUGAAACCGACGGACACAGAAGUUAUGAACAGUUACGAGCUUUCCACAGUGAAGACACACCACCAUCGUCCUCGGUUAUUCCACCAGAGUUUGAAGAGUCAUCAGAGGUACAUUACGACGAGGAACGUCCUAACCUUGCUUCAUCGUUAUCAGACCUGCAAAAUCAACAACGUUUAACAUCAUCAGUGGAUCCACUCAAUGAUAACGACACAACACUUAGCCAACAAAGUUCCAUACCUAACUCUCUCUCAUUGGAUAGGUCAGUUGCUUUGAAUGAGGAAGGUUACUCCACCAAAGGGGAAGCGAAGAGGACAAAAGAGUUUGAAGGGGGAGAGAACCAAAGUACAAAGCAGAAAAAAUGUUUGUAG